AGGCCAUGAGUCCAUGACCCAACCCGCGGGCCGCACCCCACGAUAAAAGGGACUCUUUAAGCCGGUGGCCAUAAUAAGAUCCUUAGCUUUUCGUGAAGCUCGCUUCCCUCGUCUCUCUCACAGUCUCACCUGUAAAUAAAUUUUUGGUUUGUGAAUCUGUAUUUGCCGGCGAGAUCUGUUAUCUCCGGUGGAUUUCCGAUCGGCGUUUGAAGAUGAUAACUUUGUUAAUCAGUGACUUCAUCUUCGUGGUAAGAAGUAUCGCUGUAUCAGAUUUUGCUUCUGAGGAAUGUUCGAUCCGUACGUGUUAAUCCACGUUCGAACUCAAUCUAAGGUCUGCUUUAGGAGGAGGAAGAAAUUUACUGUUAUCAAACUUUAAUACUAGUUAUCUGUAUUAUAGCUUGAUAAUUUUGAUGAAUCGGUGGUGAUCCGUAUCACUGGAUCCCCUUAUUGUAUAGCCGAAGGUUGAGAGUUAAGUUUACAGCUUCUUUUUCUAGGUUUUUUUGGGUCUCUCUGUCUUUUGUUUACUCUUCUUCCGGGAGAUCGAUUCGCUGUUUUGCACAGUUUAGCUUUUCAUAUGAAAGUUCAUCAGAACUGAAAGAAGGACUAGAGUACUAAUUCUAGAUAUCUUCUGUUACUAAUCUAAUCUUCCAAAGUGGCGAAGAUGAGUUUGAGCGCCGCUGCGGAAGAAGAUUCGGCUCCAGAAAUACAUCUCCCUUCGGAUAUCGAUUGGAAAAUGUUGGACAAAUCCAAAUUCUUCUUCCUUGGUGCCGCGCUCUUCUCUGGAGUUUCUGCCACACUUUACCCUGUUGUCGUCCUCAAGACUCGGCAACAGGUAUCGCAGACGCAGGUUUCUCGAAUGGCCUUCUCUAUCUUGCGCCACGAGGGAAUCAGAGGACUCUAUAGAGGCUUUGGCACUUCCCUGAUGGGAACCGUCCCUGCUCGUGCACUGUACAUGACAGCGCUCGAGGUCACUAAGAGCAGUGUAGGAACCGCAACAAUCCGAUUGGGUAUCCCAGAACCAACGGCCGCUGUGAUCGCCAACGCCGCCGCAGGGGUGAGUGCUGCGAUGGCAGCACAGUUCGUUUGGACACCAAUCGAUGUCGUCAGCCAACGGCUUAUGGUCCAAGGCUGCACCGGCAAUUCCAACAGCCCCAGUCUAACCCUUUGUAAAUAUAGUGGUGGGAUCGAUGCUUUCAGGAAAAUUCUCUACGCUGAUGGCUUCCGGGGUCUAUACAGGGGAUUUGGUUUGUCUAUACUGACCUACGCCCCCUCGAAUGCAGUUUGGUGGGCAUCCUAUUCUAUGGCGCAGAGACUCGUUUGGGGUGGAUAUGGUUGCUACUUCUGCAAAAAAGAAAAGGAUAGUAGCAGCAGUGCCAGCUUCCGGCCGGAUUCCAAAACAGUGGUGGCAGUACAGGGAGUGAGUGCAGCCAUGGCAGGUGGGAUUUCGGCAGUGAUUACAAUGCCAUUGGACACAAUCAAGACGAGAUUACAAGUUUUGGAUGGGAUGGAGAAUGGGAAUCGGCCCCCAACAGUUGGACAGACUGUUAGGAAUUUAGUAAAAGAAGGUGGAUGGGCUGCAUGUUACAGAGGUUUAGGUCCUCGUUGGGCUUCUAUGUCUAUGUCUGCCACCACCAUGAUCACCACAUAUGAGUUUCUCAAACGUCUCUCUGCCAAGAAUCAAGACCACUUCACAUGUUGUUGAACUACACGGAACACAGAGAUGUACUUAAAGUCACUGUUAUGAGAAAAAAAAAAAAAAGUUCUCUUUUUUGUUAUUCUAAAUAUGUAAACAACUUUUUUGUUUCCCCCUUCUUAAAGCUUAUCCAUUUACAUUU